CUAUAAAAACGACUGGAAACCAAACACCUCCUAGCUUCACGAAUCACGAAGAUGCCUGCUUUUCACUUUACACUUGGACCCCUAACCAUACACACACUGCUCCAACUCGGUCUUCUUCUUCUUCUUCUUCUCCGCUCACAUUUAUGCAGUUUUCUACUCAGUUCCUUCGUAAAGCAGACGCUGUUUCCAUAUGACAGAGAAGAGACAAGGAAAAUUCCAAAAAUUGGCAAUGCACGUUUGAUUUCCGUGAAAAUAUUAUGAUGAUUGAGAGAGAAUCCUCUGAUGAAGAAGAGGAUCACGAGAAUCUGAUCGCGCAAAGCGAACGCCGAAACCGCCAUUCGGAAUCUCCGCAGCGCACCACAUUCCAAAUUGACGAAACUGCUAACACUCGCCGCUUCAAUUUCAGCUUCAAAAAGAGGUAUUUCCUAGCGAUUAUUCUCCCAGUGCUUAUCCUCAUCCUUUACUUCACCACAGACAUUAAAAACCUCUUCAAAACCAGCGUUACAAACGUUAAUUACGAUGCCUCCAUCAAUCGCAUGCGCGAGUCCGAACUGCGGGCUCUGUAUCUGCUUAGACAGCAACAAUUAGGGCUCUUCAAGAUAUGGAACCACACAUUGCUUGAUAAUUCUUUGAAUGCUAUUUCUAAUAAGCCUAUUGCCAAUAAUAGUAAUUUAGAGAAACUGAAAUCGGAUUUGCUCAGUCAGAUUUCAUUAAAUAACCAAAUUCAACAAGCUCUUUUGUCGUCUCAUCAAUUAGGGAACUCGUUAAGUGCAUCGGAUAAUGCUACAGAUCCUAAUCUCCAGGGUUAUGGUGAUUUACAUAGGUGUAGGAAGGUGGAUUAUAGAUUGUCUGAUAGGAGAACUAUUGAGUGGAAGCCAAUGCCUGAUAAGUAUUUGUUUGCAAUUUGUGUGUCGGGGCAGAUGUCAAAUCAUCUAAUUUGUUUGGAAAAGCAUAUGUUUUUUGCAGCUCUGCUUAACCGCAUUUUGAUCAUUCCUAGCUCUAAAGUAGACUAUGAAUUUCAUAGAGUGUUAGAUAUUGAUCAUAUCGAUAAAUGCUUGGGUAGAAAAGUGGUUGUAACGUUUGAGGAAUUCGCAAAAGGACGAAAGGGUCAUAUGCACAUAGAUAAAUUCAUUUGCUAUUUCUCUCAGCCACAGCCUUGUUUUAUGGAUGAAGAGUGUGUUAAGAAGUUGAAAUCAUUAGGGGUUUCUAUGAAUAAGCUCGAAGCUGCUUGGAACGAGGAUGUUAAGAAUCCGAAGCCAAGGACUAUCCAAGACAUUAUGACAAAAUUUUCUUCGGAUGAUGAUGUUAUUGCAAUUGGUGAUGUAUUUUUUGCCGAUGUGGAAAAAGAAUGGGUAAUGCAACCUGGUGGCCCCAUUUCACACAAAUGCAAGACACUUGUUGAGCCAACUCGUCUUAUUUUGCUCACUGCCCAGCGUUUCAUCCAAACAUUCUUGGGAGAGUACUUUAUCGCUCUUCAUUUCCGCAGACACGGUUUCUUGAAGUUCUGCAAUGCCAAAAAACCAAGUUGCUUCUAUCCUGUUCCUCAAGCUGCGGAUUGUAUCAACCGUGUGGUUGAGAGGGCCAAUUCAGCAGUAAUUUAUCUCUCCACAGAUGCUGCAGAAAGUGAAACUGGUCUACUUCAGUCACUUGUUGUUGUCAAUGGAAAAACUGUGCCACUUGUUGGAAGGCCUGCUCGAAAUUCAGCUGAGAAAUGGGAUGCUUUAUUGUACAGACAUGGCCUUGAAGGAGAUCGUCAGGUGGAAGCUAUGCUGGACAAGACCAUUUGUGCUUUGUCUGACGUGUUUAUUGGAUCAAUGGGCUCUACUUUCACAGAGGAUAUUUUGCGGCUUCGGAAGGAUUGGGGAUCAGCAUCACUUUGUGAUGAGUAUUUAUGCCAGGGUGAACUUCCGAACUUCAUUGCGGAUGAUGAGUGAACCUGAUAAAGAUUGAGAUUUUCUUAUAGUCGGCUAACACAUUCUGCUACUGAAGCUGGAAUAACCAGAAGGCGUUUCUAACAAGUUACCACGCUUGAGUUGAAUUCCCUACUUAUUUGGAGAAAUGAAAGAAUACGCUAGUUUAGGAGUUAGGACUGAUUUCUGUCAAUGUACAGUACGUUCCAUACUUGGGUUGCGGUCUCAUUGCCGCAGAAGGCAUAUUGAGCCCGAUUCUUUUGAUCUGUAAUCUAGUGUAUUUAUAUUAGCUUAGGGGAUAGUCAUAGCCUUGCUCCUUGUACCUAGUGUUACUUGAUCAUGAUUAGUGGCUUAGCGAUUAGCGUUAUUUGGUUUGCUGCUAACAGCUCACGGAAGAGAAAGUGGGGUAACUCUCCUUUUUCACUUGAUGAACAUAAGCUUAUAACCGCAAGGGAAUUUGCUUCAGGAGUUUGCAUUUUUCCGUGAGGGAAAGCAUGCAUUCAAAUUGACCAUGUAAUUAUAUUAGAGGAGACAGAAUUAGUUCGCCCA